AUUUCCCAGUAGCACUAGCGACCAAAAUCACAAGGUCCAUCAUGGGAUCUUGCAGCCCUACUUCAUAACAAAACCGAGUUUAGAUCUUGUGGGGGAUCUAUUCUAGAGACAUGGCAGUGGAAACCAUCGCACCUGACUGGGAGUUUGACCGUUUUGACGACGGUUCUCAGAAAAUCCACACAGAGGUUCAGCUGAAGAACUACAGCAGGUUUCUGGAAGAAUACACCUCUCAGCUGAAGGGCAUUGAAGAGGCUCUGGAUGACUCUAUUGGAGAUGUGUGGGACUUCACUCUGGACCCCAUUGCUCUAAAACUUCUCCCAUAUGAGCAGACCUCUUUAUUAGAGUUAAUUAAAACAGACAACAAGGUCUUGAAUAAAGUUGUAACGGUUUAUGCUGCUCUGUGCGGUGAAGUGAAGAAGCUAAAAUAUGAGGCAGAAACCAAAUUUUAUAAUGGCUUAUUGUUCUAUGGAGAGGGAGUGUGUGAAACCAGUGUUCCUGAAGGCGAGUCGCAGAUUCAAAUGGGCAGAUUUAUUUCAUUCCUACAGGAACUGUCCUGCUUUGUUUCCAGAUGUUAUGAAGUGGUGGUCAGCAUUAUUCAUCAGCUGGCUGCCCUCUACAACAGCAGCAAGGGUGCAACCAAAAUCAUUGAAUCAUCUGGUGUCCAUUUCCAGGUGGUUUAUGAGCACCUGGGGGAGCUGCUAGUGGUGCUGAUGACGCUUGAUGAGAUUAUGGAAAAUCACGCUACCCUGAAAGAUCACUGGAAGAUGUAUAAAAGGUUAUUGAAGUCUGUUCAUCACAACCCGGGAAAGUUUUCCAUUCCUGAAGAAAAGCUGAAGCCCUUUGAGAAGCUCCUGUUGAAGCUGGAGGGGCAGCUGCUGGACGGCAUGAUAAUGCAGGCCUGCGUGGAGCAGAGAUUUGAUGACCCGGCAGAGGGGAUUGCUGUCUCCAAAAACAGCUCCUUUGCCGAGGAGUUCGCCUUCAACAUUCGCUCCAUCUUCACGAAUGUGGAGUCCAAAAUUGGCGAGCCUUCAGAAAUUGACCAGAGGGAUAAGUACGCUGCAGUCUGCGGUCUCUUUGUCCUGCACUUUCAUAUUUUCAGAAGUGUCGACAAAAAACUCUACAAAGCAUUGCUUGACAUCUGUAAAAAGGUUCCUGCUGUCACUCUGAUUGCGAAUAUCAUCUGGUUUCCCGACGCCUUCCUCACCGUUAAAGUCCCGGCUGCUGCCAAACUGAUGGACAAGAAGAGUCUCCAGACGAUUAAAGCACAGAGAGACGCCUACCUGCAGCAAAGGGCUCAAACGUUAACAAAGGAUGUCCAGUCUUACUACGUUUUUGUAACUUCGUGGAUGAUGAAGAUGGAGUCCAUUCUGUCCAAGGAGAAGAAAAGUGACAAACUGGCUGAGGACCUCAACAGCAGAUGUAAUGUAUUUGUGCAGGGCAUCCUGUACGCUUACAGCAUCGGCACCAUCAUCAAGACCACUAUGAACAUGUACAUGUCAAUGCAGCGGCCCAUGACCAAGACGACUGUUAAAGCUCUCUGUCGAUUGGUUGAGUUGCUCAAGGCCGUGGAGCACACAUUUCACAGGAGGUCGAUGGUCGUGGCCGACUCUGUUUCACUCAUCACUCUGCAGCUCCAGUCUCAGGCCCUCAGUGCUAUCAGCAAUGCAAAGAAAAGGGUGAUCUCUGAUAAGAAGUACAGCGAGCAGCGGCUGGAUGUCCUUUCGUCUUUGGUGCUUGCAGAAAACGCGCUGAGUGGGCCGAGCACAAAGGAGCGACGCCUGGUUGCGUCUCUGGCUCUGUGUGUCGGCACACAGCUGAGAACCUUUAAAGACGAGGAGCUGCUUCCGCUGCAGGUGGUGCUGAAGAAGCUGGAUUUGAUCAGUGAGCUUUGUGAAAGGGUCAGGCUCCAGUGUGACUGCAGUUUCCUGUACUGGCACAGGGCUGUGUUUCCCAUCUACCUAGACGAUGUGUAUGACAAUGCCGUGGACGCAGCGCGGAUGCAUUACAUGUUUAGUGCGCUAAGAGACAGUGUGCCAUGCAUGCUCUAUGCUAAGCACUUGGAGUCGUGUGAUCAGCUGCUGGAGUGCUUUGACAAGGAGAUCAUGGACGUGUUCAAUGAGCAUCUCCUCGACAAGCUGUGUAAGGAGAUCGAGAAGGACCUGCGCCUCUCUGUCCACACCCACCUGAAGCUGGACGACAGGAACCCGUUUAAAGUUGGCUUGAAGGACUUGGCCCACAUCUUCUCCGUUAAACCAAUCCGAUUCUUCAACCGCUUCAUUCACAUCAAAGCCUAUGUGACCCACUACCUGGAUAAAACUUUCUACAACCUGACCACUGUUGCUCUGCAUGACUGGGCCACCUACAGUGAGAUGAGAAACCUUGCCACGCAGCGCUACGGCCUCACGAUGACGGAGGCGCACCUGCCAAGCCAGACUCUGGAGCAGGGUUUGGAUGUUCUGGAGAUCAUGAGAAACAUUCACGUUUUUGUCUCGCGCUACCUCUACAACCUGAACAACCAGAUCUUCGUGGAAAAGGCGAGUAACAACAAGCACCUCAACACCAUCAACAUCCGUCACAUCGCAAACUCGAUUCGGACGCACGGCACGGGCAUCAUGAACACCACAGUCAAUUUUACCUUUCAGUUCCUGCGGAAAAAGUUUUACAUCUUCAGCCAGUUCAUGUAUGACGAACACAUCAAGUCCAGACUCAUUAAGGACAUCCGCUUUUUCAGGGAGAUAAAGGAUCAGUCUGACCAUAAGUAUCCAUUUGAGCGGGCAGAGAAGUUUAACCGUGGCAUCAGAAAGCUCGGCCUCACUCCUGAUGGGCAGAGCUAUCUGGAUCAGUUCAGACAGCUCAUCAGCCAGAUUGGCAACGCCAUGGGCUACGUCCGCAUGAUCCGUUCUGGAGGCCUUCACUGUUGCAGCAGCGCGAUCAGAUUUGUCCCUGACCUGGAAGACAUAGUCAACUUUGAGGAGCUUGUUAAGGAGGAAGGACUCUCUGAGGAAACCCAAAGAUCUGCCAGCGUCCUGGAUUCAGUGUUGAGCGAUCUGACCAGCAACUCUGCUGAGGGGACGGAGUACUUCAAGAUGCUGGUGGCCGUGUUUGCACCCGAGUUCCGUAGCGCCAAGAACAUGCACCUGAGGAACUUCCACAUGAUUGUGCCGCCGCUGACUGUGAAUUUUGUGGAGCACUCAAUCAGCUGUAAAGAGAAACUCAACAAGAAGAACAAAACCGGAGCUUCCUUCACAGACGAUGGCUUUGCGAUGGGUGUUGCGUACAUCCUGAAGCUGCUGAACCAGUACCUGGAGUUCGACUCUCUUCAUUGGUUCCAAGCGGUCCGAGAUAAGUACAGGAAAGAGCUGAGCGCCGUGGCGAAGGAGCAGACGGUGCAGUCGGCUGGUCAGGACGAGAAGCUGCUUCAGACGAUGAAUCUCACCCAGAAGAGGCUGGAUGUCUACUUGCAGGAGUUCGAGCUGCUCUACUUCUCAUUAAGCAGCGCGAGGAUCUUCUUCAGAGCCGACCAAACCGCAGCUGAGGAGACCCAGGAGAAGAAAGACGAAGCUGGGAAGGUGGGAAUGUCUCCAGAAGGCUCCACGCCUGCAGAGUCGUCCUCAAAGUAAGCACGAGUCCGUUCUGGAUUAUUCCUGAGAGCUCUGCAGAGGAAUGAUCGCAAAGAAAACACUGAAGCCGUUUCAGUGGGUUUGUGGACAAAAGACCGAGAAAUUCGCCAAACAAUGGAUUUGUUUGACAUCCCAGUUAUUCUAAACUCUGUGUACUUUAAGUGCUAAUGCAGGAAGUGUCUCUAAACAUCCAGUGAGUCAUUUACACAAGCGCCUACUACUUGAACUAAUUUAAGGUAAAAACAAAAUCAGUUUAUUAUGUCUCACCCUCGGCAGACUGAGGAAAUGUCUACAGAGAAAGUUUUCAUGAUUUGUUUCAAGUGUUUUUUUCUUUGAGCAUUUUAUACAUUGUAUAAAUGAAUCAUAUGUGCCUUCAUAAACUCUGGGUUCUUGUUUUGAUAAUUCAUGUGCAAACAGUAAACUCCACAGCUGAUGCAAAUUUGCCAUUUCAUAACUCAAAAGGUUUUCCUGGUGGAAAAUGUCGACCACUUUCUCUGAAAUUGUUCACGUGGAAAACAUUUACUUUCAUUUACCUUGAUUUUUUUGUCAUCUGGAUAUUAAUGAAAUUGUUUAAAAUCACAAUUCAGAUGACUUCACAGUUUUUCUAACAUUUGAACCAACUUAGAUCAGAUGUUUUGAAAUUAAUAAACCUUUUUUUUUGUCAAAUUUAGAUUUGUUUCUCUUGCACCAAGUAAGAUGUCUGGUAACUCCCAAUAUUCACAGUGUUCUUUAUUUGAUGCCUUUCCAAAUCAUAGGAAGGUACAAUGGUUCUUACUUAGUUUUAAUCAGCGGGUAGCACUAAGAGCUUUGUUGUAGGGUUAGGGUUAAAGUUAGAGCCCCUCCAAAGGUCUGGUAGCACAUCCAUUUAAAAUGUGUAAUGUCUCAAUAAAUAUAAAGAAUAUGGUAUUAGUUGGGUUUCAAUAUUUUUUUUUCCUAUGCCCUUAAAUUUAUGAUGUGGCUUCAUCAUCUUUAAUUGAGUCCCAGGAUCAGGUUCCAGUGACCUUGAUGUGUUCCCUCUAAAAAUAAUUCCAGUUUAAAUGCACAAACCAGAUGAUCUGCAGUCUUCACAAAUUCUUCCUGUAUGUCCCCAUUUCUUCAUAACAUAUGAAAAUUAUCAGAGCAGCACAUGCGCUGCUGCAGGCCUCAAUUCAUUUCCUGAGGUGUGGGGAGGAACAUUGAAAUCACGGAAAUUAUUGAUGUUGAUGUUGAAAUUAUUGAUAAACAACACACGGUGGUUCAGGAAAGCCGCAUCUGCUUUAAUACAAAGGAAAGAAGCUUUGACUUCAAAAAAAUACAAGACUGGUUUCGAUUUUUUUUAGGCAAAUCCAAGUCUUCUCAUUUCCCUAUGAAAUCGUCUUCACUACUGCCUGAAUUAAAACGGAUCCCUUCUUUUACUUUGGCCUGCAACUACAGGGAUCGCUUCGUACACUCCGGUCUUUCCUUUUCGAACUGGGAAAAGUGAGAUGUAGGCCUUUCCGUUAUUGUUUUAUUAAUAUUACUUUGAUGUAAGUGCCCACAGUGCCAAAAUGACACCCUGUCCAGCAGUUUCAGAAAAUUCAUUACAUCCACAUAUCCAUGCUCGCCUCAUAAAAAAAACGAGGUACAAGGCAGGGCAAAAUUUCUCUCAAAAUAGAUAUCAUAUAGAUAUAUAUAUUUAUAUAUACAGACAUAUAUAUAUGUAGCAAUCAUAUAUACACAUUCGUACAUAUAGUCUUAUGUGAUGCAAAAAAACAAAAUGUACACAUUUUUUUUUUUUUUUACAAAAAUAGUAACAAAGACUGGAAAGUGUUUUGCUUGCUCUCGAGGAAAGUUGUGUUAUUUGUUCCGCCUCUGUGAGGAUUUCCCCACGACUGUGGAGACCGAAGUCGCCUCGCAGGGUUUUACGUCCAUGUUUUGCUGGCACAGAAGUCAAACGGAGAGAGAUGCAGAAAAGUGCCGGGUGGAGCAACUACAGCAGUCAAGAGGAAGUGAUGUAGUUUGAUGGAACACGAUGAAGGAAAGUAUAUAGAAACCAAAUCCAAGACAAAAACAAAAAAACAAAAGAUGGAAAAUGUGUGAUGGGAGUGUUAUAAAAAAGCACAAACAAAUUUUGUGUUCUUUUAUUACUAAAUAUAGUGCAACAAAAAACAUUGCAUUUCUUUCACCCUUUCACUUGUGUUUGAGGAUGUUAACUUUGCUUCUUUUUUUUUUUUUUCUUCGCCGUUUUGUGUUCUGAACACUUGCUGUAAUUAAAAGGUGAAACCUUUGUUCUGUCACAGUCCCGCAUCACACGGUUUGUCCUCCUCUCUGGUAGUAAACAGGCUUCAGGUUCAGAGACGUAAACAUAACACAGACCCUGCUCAAAAGACAAAAAAAAAAGA